GCGCAGCAGCAGCAGCAGCAGGAGCGGCGGCAGGCGGGGGCGCCGCCAUUACGCGGAGCGCAGCCGAGCCGAGCGGGCCGCGCGUCCCCGGCCGCCGCCGCCGCCACCCACAGGCGGGCCCGGGCCGCGCGGGGCCCGCCCGCACCCCGCCAUGGAGGAGAAGGGCUUCGCCAAGGAGCUCGACCAGUGGAUCGAGCAGCUGAACGAGUGCCGGCAGCUGAGCGAGAGCCAGGUCCGCAGCCUCUGCGAGAAGGCUAAAGAAAUCCUUACGAAAGAGUCGAAUGUGCAAGAGGUACGAUGCCCUGUCACCGUCUGCGGGGAUGUCCACGGGCAGUUCCACGACCUCAUGGAGCUCUUCAGGAUCGGCGGGAAGUCACCGGACACAAAUUACCUGUUCAUGGGAGACUACGUGGACAGAGGCUAUUACUCCGUGGAGACAGUGACUCUCCUAGUAGCGUUGAAGGUGCGCUACCCGGAACGCAUCACGAUCCUGAGGGGCAACCACGAAAGCAGGCAAAUCACACAAGUCUACGGCUUCUACGACGAGUGUCUGCGCAAGUACGGCAACGCCAACGUCUGGAAGUACUUCACAGACCUCUUUGAUUAUCUCCCACUCACAGCUCUAGUAGACGGCCAGAUAUUCUGCCUCCACGGUGGCCUCUCUCCAUCCAUAGAUACACUGGAUCAUAUCAGGGCUCUGGACCGCCUGCAGGAAGUUCCACACGAGGGUCCGAUGUGUGAUCUGUUGUGGUCGGAUCCGGAUGACCGCGGUGGCUGGGGCAUAUCUCCACGUGGUGCUGGCUACACCUUCGGGCAGGAUAUCUCCGAAACAUUUAACCACGCCAAUGGUCUCACACUGGUCUCCCGCGCUCACCAGCUGGUCAUGGAGGGUUAUAACUGGUGCCACGACCGGAAUGUGGUUACCAUUUUCAGUGCCCCCAAUUACUGUUACCGCUGUGGGAACCAGGCUGCUAUCAUGGAACUAGAUGACACUUUAAAAUAUUCCUUCCUCCAGUUUGACCCAGCACCUCGUCGUGGAGAGCCUCAUGUUACCCGUCGUACCCCAGACUACUUCCUAUAAACCUUUCCCAACCUUUGUAGAAGGAAGUACACCUGGCAUUUUAAGAAAAAAAACAAAAAGCAACAAUAUUUACACGUUUCUGUAAGAAAUCAGGGUUCGUCUCAACUUCAAAUCCCCAUCAUGGACCAAAAUGUGCCAUACAGAGGACGAAGAGCGUUUAGCACAACUUGAGACUGAAUUCCUUACAACACUUUCUCUCUCCCGUGCCCAUCAGCCCGAAAGUCAGUUUGCCUGCUGUAUUUGUAGUCAUUGUUUUCCUUCUGGACUGUUCAGAGAGGAAAAGGUAACUCUAACAAACACUUCAUCUCUCCUUUGAAGCUUCUUUGUACAUUUUUAGUUCUAGUGUUUAACUGGCAUGAUUUAGAGUUUGUUUUCCAGGGAAAUACACACUAACUCCAUCCCCCACCACUCUUUAUUUUAUUGGAAAGACCGCUCGACUUAACUGGAGAAAGGAAGUGAUUCCUGCUUGGGAGUAUGUUGUCAUAACCCGGAAAAAAAGCGUUCCCAUUUUAGCUCCCCUGUUCUGUGCUGAUCCUGCCCUUUUUUUUUUUUUUCUUUUUCCUUUUUUUUUUUUUUUUUUUUUUUUUUGGUUUAUCUUUUCUCCCUUUUUUUUUUUUUUUUUUUGUGUGUCAUUUUUCCCCCUCAUCCCCUCUGUAUAUUUGUCCCGGAAGUGCUUGCAAAUCCUCCUCGCUGUACCCGAACCAAUAAACGCCGUUGUCAGCCCCA